GGGACAUCCGGUACCACCCACAUUCUCGUGUCGCUUUCCGGGUGGCAGUAAGUAACUUAUCGACGAUCGCUGUUCGAAUACAGAAAGUUGCGGAACGGUUGAGCCACGACGACACAUCAAACUAAAAGAAAUGCAUAUUAAAACAGGUACAUGGGAAGCCAGCAACACUGUGUGUGAGUCCGACUCGCUGUGUGACCCUGCAGUCCUUGUUACAGCUGCCAACGCCGAGCCACACAUCCGCAACCGUCGCCUUUCCCCUGGUUCAGGCACCUGUGGAGGCGGUGGAGGUGGGGGAUUCAUCUCUGCCGAUCACAGGCAGCUGUCCAGCGAAGCCGACCUCAUUGGACCCGGCCACACGCAACCCCAGGGCUUUCGCAGGGAAAAAGACCGUCGAGGCCAGCAGCUAAAAGGAAGAAGCCUCCGCAGAGAAAGCCAGAAGGGGGUCGGUCGGGUUGAGCGCCCCCGAAAAGUCAACCAAAAGGACCGGUGGGUAGAGGACAGUCUUCCUCUCCUCAAACCGCCACCAUCCUUCCCAGUGCAGGAUAGCCCCGCCAAGCUGCAGCCUGCUGUUAGCUACGCCUCCAAGGUGAAGGCCAGAGCGGCCACGCCGGAGGAAGACCGCCCCGCCAUCGGUGUGCUGCUCCAGAACCAAUGGGGCCUCAGCUUCAUCAGCGAGGCUCGACCCGUUACAGAGUGCCCAGGUCACUGUCCUGCCACGAGCCCUCUUCCAGCUCAGCCCACAGACGCACAAGAGGCAGAAGAUCCUCCCGCCGCGACAGUUCUCACCGUCCCUCGCCCUGAAGAGUCCCUCAGCCCAGUCGUGGCUCUGCUACGCCCUGAGUUUGAGGAGAGUGACGGAAAGAUGCUGCUAAGUUGUCGCCAUCUUAUUGAGGCUUUGAAUUAUCAUAACAGAGAAUGGAACACUCUGUGCAACAAACAGAAAAAAGAUCCCAAAAAAGUUGUCUGGUACAAAGCCACCUAGCGUUGACACAAACCCAAAGCAAGCAAGCAGACAUACUCGUACUCAGACCUACAUGCACACACAGACAGACAGACAGACAGACAGACAGACACACAGACACACAGACACACACAGACACACAGACACACACAGACACACACACACACACACACACACACACACACACACACAGACACACACACACACACACACAGAUACACACACAGGCACGCACGCACACAAAGGUGCACCAACAAAAACUCAUACAGACGGACAGGUUCGGAGUCGUCCCUCACGCGCUGCACUCAGGAUGAUGUCUUCAUGCAAAGCCUCACUGAGACACUUUGGACUAACUUUGGAGAUCUUUACUGCAAUGGACAUUUUUUUUAAUCGCCUUACAGGACGCCUGCCUUAAUUAUUCACCGUUUCUCAUCUUCAUCUCUCAUUUUGGGGUUUUAUGCUCAACUACUCCCCCGCCCCGCCCCGCCCCUUCACCCUUUUCUAAUUUUAAGUGCACAGUCUCUGACAAGCUGUAGUUAAAGUCCCCCACGUUAAGAAGAAGCUGUAGUUUUAUCUGUAAAGCGAGUGGUCAAUCAAGCACUUUGUUAAAAAAAUAUUUGUUGUGACCAAUCUAUGCGAAGAAAUCCAGCGAUUCUUGUCCACGUUGAGUUUUAAACGGAAGAAUGUCUUGUUCCUGCUCGAGUUUUACGCAGUUUACACGAGGGUGGCUUCUGUCCACCUGGCGGAUCUUAAUGCUGUUUCCUGGAUUUUAUUCUCUCGACUAAUCAGGGGGAUGUUGCUCAUGAACCCAGAAGGGAUUUCACCAUGUUCAGUAUGUUUUUGAUCUUUUUUUUGUUUGGAAAAUAGUUUAAAAAAUUACACUGGAGGAGAAUUGUAAGUAAAAACAGUAUUGCUUAAUAAAAGGA